UCUUGAGCAUAGGUGAGGAUUUUGUAUCAAGACCAUGUCGCACUGCGCAUCGCUCUGGCUCACUGAUUCUCCAUCUGUCAAGCGUGUUCGUGUGUUCACUCUGGGGGCAGAUCUACCGCAGGAAAUCAAGUGGUACAGAUCACAAGAUGAAGGUACACCCUUCUCUGCCGUGGGACUUUGUCCGUGCUCUAUCUCAGAGUCCUCCUUAAAAAUGUCAAGUGGUUCUGGAUUUGUCCUGCGAGGAGAAAAUUACACAUCCCUCCCGGGUCCACAACAUCUGGAAAACAAAAGGCUCUGCGGAGUUUAAACCGAGGCAGCUGUGAGGGAGCGCGGCAGAAGGACUCGCUGCUUCAACAUGAAUCCUGCUCUGGUGAUGCUGGCGGUGUCCCUGCUGACAGCGGUCGCAGCCCAGUCUCACGAUCACCACGACAUGGCCUGGGUCAACGGCUACCGCCAGGGCUUCAACUUCCAGUGUCCCCACGGGGAGGUCCUCGUGGCGAUCAGGAGCUACUUCAGCGAGGCGGACGGCUCGGACCGCUUGUGGACGUUCGAGUGCCAGCCCACACCUGAGGGUCUGGGGGAGCCCAGUGACUGCUGGUGGGACGACAUCAACCGUGCUGGGAUGGAGUGGACUUCAACUUGUACUCGAAAUGGCCUGGUGGCAGGGGUGCAAAGCAAGUACUUUGAAUCUGUGCUCGACCGGGAAUGGCAGUUCUACUGCUGCUUCUACAAACGCCGGUGUCCUUACUCCUGCAUGAAGACCAAUGACAAUCCUGAAUAUUACAGAGAAGAGGCCGAGAUGGUGGUCCCUAGUUAUGGCUACUUCAUCCGAGGUGCUCAGACCACCUUCAGUGGAGUGCUGAGAGAUCGGCAAUGGAAGUACAUCCUGUGCAGAAUGACAGACUUUGACUGUGAAUUUGAGAAUUUGUAGAUUUGCAGCAUUGCUCCCGAACCAUACAUCUCAGUCAGAACUAAAAUACAUAUUUACUCCCACAUUUAAAUAAAGACAUAACACUGACAUUACACAGAACUGAUAUGGUUCAUGUUUUUCAUUCAUGUACUUUCUAGUAAUAAAACCACUAACCGCAGGCAUGAGAUACAUGCCUGUGUAAUCACAGUUUUUUUUUUGUUUUUUUUAGUCUAGCAUGCAAUAUGACUGUUCAUAUAAAGGUUACUCUUAAAAUAAACAUUAACACAGAGUGUCUAUAGGGGAUUUGGGCCCCACCACACACUUACAGACGGCUCAAGUGUUUUUUCAUUUAGUUGCAGGAGGAACUGGGAGUCUUUUCGGCAACACGUGAAAGUGGUUUUACAAAACAAACUCAAUUACUUGAUGCUGCGCUCCAUGCUCCACGGCCUCAUGGCCGAGGUCACGCAAAAACACCUCGUUCACUCUCACAAGAUGGAAAGAAAAGGUGUGUUGGAAGUGAUGAAAGGGGCUCCUUCGGAAUCUCUGACACCGUGAGCUUCGCAUGCAAUGAAAUGUGUCCCGCCUGCUUUCAAUCGACUUCACAUUGCUCCUGUAAUAAAAGCGCCUUGUUCGGUUUGGCAAUCACAACUGUA